AUGGGCGAAUCAACCUCCCCGCAGCCCGUCUCCGUCCUCUUCGUCUGCCUUGGAAACAUCUGCCGCUCCACAAUGGCAGAAGGCGUCUUCCAGUCCCUCACACGACCCGCCGCAAAGUCCCCACACCCACUGAUAACCCACAUCGACUCAUGCGGCACCGGCGCAUACCAUAUCGGCUCCGAUCCAGACUCGCGCACCAUGGCCACCCUCCGCAAGAACAACAUCACCUCGUACCGCCACUCGGCCCGCAAGUUCUCGCCCGCCACCGACUUUGACAAGUUUGACUACAUCUUCGCCAUGGACCAUGACAACCUGGCCGACCUGGAGAGCUUGCGCCAGAGGGAAGUCAAGAAGAGGGGUGGCGACGACGGCAUCGGCCACGUCAUGUUGUUUGGCGAGUUUGGUGGCAAGAGGAGAAAGUACAGAGGCAGCGACAUGGGCGAGGAGAUUGCCGAUCCCUACUACGGUGGCGACGAUGGAUUCACCAUUGCCUACGAGCAGGCCCAGAGAUUUAGCAAGGCCUUCCUGGAAAAGCUCGAGGCGGGAGAGUUGAGCCGAGAUUGA